AUGGAGGAAUGUCCCUAUGAAAAAGUGAAGUGGAUUGCCUCGGGUGGUUUCGCAGAAGUAUGGAAAGGAAUUGAUAAACGAACAAAACAACCUGUGGCUAUCAAAAUUGUAGAUUUGGAAAAUUCCGAAGAGGAUAUUGAGGAUAUUCAAAGAGAAAUUCAUGUUGUAAAGACUAUGGAUUCCGAAAAUAUUGUCAAAAUAUAUGGUAGUUAUGUCGUUCGACAAAAAUUGUGGAUAGUCAUGGAGUUGCUUGCAGGAGGAAGUGUUGCUGAUUUGAUUAAACCUGGUCCUCUCGAUGAGCAAUAUAUUGCAGUAAUUUUGAGAGAAACUUUAAAAGCUCUGGAAUAUUUACAUGCAGAACAUAAAAUUCAUCGUGAUUUGAAAGCAGCAAAUAUUCUGAUAGGCGAGAAUGGGGAGGUCAAACUAGCAGAUUUUGGUGUGGUUGGAGUGUUGUCUACAAGUGGAACCAUGGAUGAAACCAUUCAAAAGCGAUACAGCUUUGUAGGAACUCCAUUUUGGAUGGCUCCAGAAGUAAUUAAACAUGAAGGAGCUGAUCAAAAAGCAGACAUUUGGUCACUCGGAAUCACUGCCAUUGAAAUGGCAAAAGGAGAACCUCCCUAUGCUCAUGUACCCAUCAAUACUGCCUUUUUUCUGAUUCAAAAGAAUGAACCACCCACUCUCGAAGAAAGCAAAUUCUCUAAGGCAUUUAAGGAAUUUGUCAUGUUGUGCUUGCAGAAAAAUCCACAAGAUCGAUUAUCAGCAAGUGAUUUACUCAAACAUAAAUUUAUCAGAACAGCUAAAAAGAAUACCAUUCUCGUCGAUCUCAUACAGAGAAAAGCUGCAUGGGACAACAACAAAAAACUAAAGAAGGGCCGAGGUGGUGGUGCUUCAUCAGACUCAGACGAUGAUGACAGCUCCUUGGAUGAAUUAUCAGAUGAUGACACGAGUAGUAGUGAAAAACAAAAAUAUGUCACACGACAAGGUAAAGGAUUUUGGGAAUUUGGAUCGGAUGGAACGAAUACGGUUCGAGAAGUUUCAAAAGUUAAAUGGCCACCAUCUUCUUUGGCAAACAAUACCAGUUCUACUACGACAAAUGUCACACCUACUAACACUCCACUUUCGACCCCUCCAACCAAGCCAACUCGAAAAUCAUCAUCAGACCAAAAGAAUGAUACUGUCAACUCAGUGUCAUCUGUGAGUACAAUUUCUAGCAAUGCAUACCCAUCUGAAAAACGACGGAACGCUUCACAGGAUUCUAUCGAUUUGAGAAGUGACGAUGAAUCAUCCUCUCCGCUUACCCAUACCAUCGUUCAACGAAAAGACAAGUCACAACCCUCAAUGGAUUCAAUUCGAAAAGGCGGAGGAGCAUUACCUACAAUCAUGUCUGAAUUAAUGAAAGACAACAACUCUUCUGUGAGCUCCAGCUCCAUAAUGGAAGACAUUAUUAUUCCGUCAUUUAAAGAAGCAAAAUCACAACAAGCAGCAGGAUCAUUGUCGACCAUUGUAGAAGAAUUGGAAAAAGUUGAAAAGAAAGAUUCUCAGUUUGCCCAAAAUCUGCUUGCCGCUCUCAUAACACGAGUUCAAAAAAGUGAGAAUGUACCUUCCCAAUUUAAACACGUAGCAUCGACCGAGUCAACUUCCUCACUCACUUCGAACACAGAGGGUAUGGAUGUGAUUAGCCAGAAUUUAUUGAAACGAUGGAAGCUCAAAGUGAAAACUCUUGACCAUUAA